AAAAAAAUCCUUUUCUUUUAAAAAAAUUUUACAUUUAAUUUUUAAUUUCUAAUGCCUCAAAGGUUUAGGAACUGGGAUUUUAUCAGGGGGAAUCAAAAAUUUCUAAUAACAGAAAUUACAGGAAUAAUUUACAUGAACAGAGUUAUGGUGUGGCUCUUUUGGUCUUUCUGGACAUGGAAUUCGUUAGACAGUUUUGUGACACCUUGGAUGGAUUUAAAUUUUGUAUAUAUGGUCAAUUUUUGAGAACUUUGGGGAACAACCCUUUUCUCUUUUUUAGGUUUUAGAAGUACCUUUUAGGGUGAAGGUUUUUACUAGACACCGGAAUUUUGGAUUUAUGAUUUA